UUACGUCAUGAGUUGUUUGGUUUAGAUGUCUAGUGAUUUAGGCGCUCGUUUUAGUAGCGUCGCGACGCCUCGAGACGUCCGAUCGCAAAAAGUAGCGGUAGCGCGAUUAUGCAUGCCACCGCGUCUGAGACGUCACGACAAAUUGUCGAGUUCGAAGAACUUGUGUCACGAUUAGAUCGAAUAAAUAAUUGUAGCUCGGAACCUGAUCUUGGCUCAACGCAAAUAAUAACAACAACAACAACAACAACAUCGCAAAAUUUACCGGCAUCAUUUUCACCACGUCAUCUUCAUAAUUAUCAAAAACAACAUCAGUUGAAAUUCAAUUCUUUGGAUAACGUGCCACCGCGUUCAUCUAAAUCGGAGAACUUUAUUUCCGAUAAUAAAAAACAACAAGAAAAAUCGGUGCGCGUGCAUAUUGGCAUUGACGACGAUUUGCGAAUGAUCCUCGAGAUGGAUCCGUCGAUCGUUGAUCGCGCCCCUACAAUACCCCCCGUGACAUCUUUUUCUUCUUCUUCUUUUUCCUCAUCGUCUUCAACAACGACGACGACAUUUGCUCGGGCACCACGCGCCACUCGACCACAAGGCUGUCCUCCAACAUUCAAGACUGCAACACCCACAUCUCGCACACAAUUGAAGCUGCAGUUGAUGCGAGAGCAACUGCAGGAACAAGAGAGACGAGAAGCUGAAAUAAGGCAAAAUUUACAACAACAAAGGCCUGCAGCUGCACCUCCAAGACCUGUACCACCAACACCUUUACCAACUAUUGGUGUCGAUGUUCCACCUCAAGUUUUACAAGUGAGGACAUUGUUGGAGAAUCCAACGCGUUAUCAUGUGGUGCAAAAACAAAAGAAUCAAGUACGACAAUAUUUACAUGAAUCGUUUCGUGGAUCGGAUGAUGAUUUAACAACGGGAAUUCCCAACAGUAUUGGUAGUGAUGGAGGUGGUGGAACCCCCCUUGAUACUGGACCCCCACAAAUGCCCAUGGUGGUUCAGAGUGCACCCCCUGGACCAGCUGUUCAUCAACCGAAACCGCAGCAUCCUCAUUUCACCUCAUAUCCUCAUGCUCCUGCGUUGCUGCCUCAAACACAUGCUGUUACUCAAAGUCCUGAUCCUACCGCAGGUGCCAUGUCCCCUGAUCUCUCAAGUGUUGCCACCAGCAAUUCUGAGGCGGAGGACCUUUUGGAUGAUAUUCUGUCGUUUGAGGCAGGAUCUCUGGGCGAUGGCUUAAAGGACAGUCAAGCAGGAAGUUUAACAAGUCUUCCAGACCUUCAAAUAAAACCAGAACCUUUGCUGCUCACUGACGCAGAAAUCCACGCCCUUGCCAAAGACAGACAAAAGAAAGACAAUCAUAAUAUGAUUGAGCGACGGCGACGGUUCAACAUCAAUGACAGGAUCAAGGAACUUGGCACCCUUCUACCAAAAACCAAUGAUCCAUAUUACGAGAUUGUAAGGGAUGUGAGGCCAAAUAAAGGGACUAUUUUAAAAUCAUCAGUAGAAUAUAUAAAACUUCUUAAAAAUGAAUUAACGAGAAUGAAGCAAAGUGAACUGAGGCAUAAACAGUUGGAGAAUCAGAACCGGAGGUUGCUCUUACGUGUUCAGGAGCUGGAACUUCAGGCGAAGACACAUGGAAUUCCGCUUGCGGAUUUUAGCUCAUGGGCUUCUACAUCGGAAGGCCUCUUUAACGCUUAUGCCAAGCACAAACUCGAACAUCGAAAGAUGCCAGACGUGAUAACGAAUGGAGCAGCUGUGUUAAGUAUGUCUCAGUUGGAGGAUUUGAUGGAAGAUGAUACAAAUGGACCAGUUCACAGCGGUGAUCCAAUGUUGUCGUCACCUCAUCUUCAACCUUUGAGUCCACCUGCACCCUCGUGUCAUCAUCCUCUGCCCGACGAUGAAACUCUUGGUAGUUUAGCGCCAACGUCAUCAAAUCCUUCUGAUAUGGAUAUUGUUGCGUAGCAAAAAGCCCCCUCUCUUUCACUAUCCAUUUUUUUCACCUCCCCCCCCCCUCCGCAACCCUCCAUUAUUAUCUCCCAUAUCACAAGGUCCACCGAGAUAGAAGAGCACCUGCGGCCUUCAUUCACUAUUGCCAAAGUAUCAACGACAUCAUUUUAUAUAGUCAAUUUUUUUUUUUCUUUUUUUGAUUCAUCUAAAUCCAAAACAUUUUUUUUUUGCAUUGAUUAUUUUCUCGUAUUCAUAAAAUUGUUGAAAUUUUAGUUUCGAGAAGUUGGAUACUUUUUCAGCUGUGCUCCCCAAGUUUUUUUUUUCACCCAGAUCGAUUACGCGUUCGAGCGGAAGAGAGAAGUUUGUUUCGUUUGAAGAAAUUGUAAAAAAAGAAGAAAAAAAAAAAACGGAAGAGUGCACAUCGACUCAAUUAUCUUCAUGUUCCUGGGAUGAACAACUCUGAAAGAAACAAUUCGAAACUUAAAGUAAAGAGAAAUUUUCAACCAAUUUUUUUUUAAAUUUCUUUUUUUUUUUUUUAGCUUGAAACUCGUCAAGUGAAAGCAAACAUUGUGUGUAUCUGUGAAGGAAUGAAUUUACAAGAAAGAGAGAGAGAGAGAGAGAGAGAUACAAAAUUAAGGAAAGGUAAUUUUUGAAAAGCUUAAUGAAAAUUAAAAAGGGAAAAAAGUAGAGAGAUGGGAUAUCCAAUGUCCGUUAAGUUUAUAUCUUGAAAGAGACUUCCUGGACCUCAUUUCCAAGUUGGGGAACUAAUUUCUAAGAGGGAUAAACCGACAUCGUAAUUUCAACAUAGCGCGCUCUCUCAAUGCGCCGACCACUAUAUCAAUCUAGAGACGCUGCUUGAAAUUUCACGGACAUUAUUCGAUUUGUUACAAAGUUUGCUAAUAGUUAUUGUCUGUGUGUGAGGAGAGAAACGUUCGAUCUCAGCUAAUGCCGAGAAAGCGAUAUUGAAUAACGGUGUGCCGACUAUUACGCCUUUGAUGCACAGUGACUGUCGAUAUAUAGAAUCUUAGAGCCUCUAGUGUUCAGCGACCUGUGUAUAGUCCCCCCCACCCCACAUCUCCCUUCAUUCCCCUAAAAUUCAAACUUAGUCCUUAGGAAGUCUUCGAAACUUUGGACGAGACACUUUUGCUCAUAGACAUUUGACACAACUUUGGCAACGAAGGAAGUUUCAAUUACGAAUAAUAUACACAUAUAUAUAUAUAUAUAUAUAGAAAUUUAUAUUUUAAUAGUCAAUUUUACAUCUAUAAAAUAUAACAUUGAGAAAAAGGCUACUAAUUAAAAAAGAAAAAGUUCUCUUUGUUUUUUUUUUUUUGCGAUUAUAAAUAUAAAUGAUCCGAUAUUCGGAUUAGAAAAAUUCACCGUUUAAUGUUCAAGAGCUUCAAAAAUAUUCAAUAUAAUAUGCUAUUGGUUAAAAACUAUUACCCAUCCUACGAUAGAAAAAGAUAUUUUACUAAAUUGCUAAAUAUACUAAAAGAAGAAUUUUUCGAGUCUUAAGACACACUUUUACGAUAUUAAUAUAAAAAUUGGAGAUAAUUACAUACUUUUUUCUAACGGAUUCUUUUACUAAUACUAGUAAUUUUAGUACUUUUAGAAAUUUUAUUAUUUUAGUACGUUUAGUACUUUGGUAUAUUUGGCACUUUUAGUACUUUAGCAACUUUUGUACUUUUAGUACGUUUAGUACUGAGUACUUUUGGUACUUCAAGUACGGUGAGUACUGAGUACCUUUGGUACUUCAAGUACGUUGAGUACUGAGUACCUUUGGUACUUUUAGUACUGAGUACCUUUGGUACUUUUAGUACUGAGUGCGUUUGGUACUUUUGGUAUUUUUAGUACGUUGAGUACUGAGUACCUUUGGUACUUUAGUAUGUUGAGUACUGAGUACCUUUGGUAGUUUAGUCUGUUGAGUACUGAGUACCUUUGGUAGUUUUAGUACGUUGAGUACUGAGUACCUUUGGUACUUUUAGUACUGAGUACCUUUGGUACUUUUAGUACUAUAGUACGGAGUACUGAGUACUUUUAGUACUGUAGUACUGAGUACUUUUAGUGCUGUAGUACUUUAAGUACUUUUAGUACUUUUUAGUGUUGUUAUUACUUUUAAUACUUUUUAGUACUUUCACUACUUCAACUAAUUUUAUUUCUUGUAUUAAUUUUACUAUGUUUGCAAGAAUUUCAAUAUUUUGUCUGAUUGUAACAGAAUUUUAAUACUGAAUCUAAAAAAAAUUACUCUUACUAUUAUGUCUGACUAAAAUGAUAUUUUUACUACUGAUAUUCCAAAAUACAGAAAAUUUUUUUUUAAUACAGAUACUAAAAAUUAUUUUAAAAAAAUAAAUAAAAAAAUACAAUUAUAAUUUAGUAUUUAAACACUUCUGUCUGACUAAAAAUUACUAUUACUCCUGCUAUUAAAAUUAAAUUUUUUUAAAAUAUUUAUCUGAAAGUGUUUUCUAUUACCUGAAAAGUUAAAAAAAAAUAGAAAACGUUUUGUCUUACUCUAACUCACUUUUUCUAUUUAUAUAAAAUUCAUGAGAAUGUAAAAUCUUUUGUCAGACAUAAAUUUUAUCACUAUCAAAAGUUACAAAAUAUGUAAAACAUUUUGUUUUGCCAAAACUGUCUAUAUAAAUAAGAAUAAAAAAGUUUAGAAGAAUUUGGACAAAAAAAAAAUGUCUGACUGAAACUGACUUUAACUACUAGUACCAAAUUUACCACUAAAAUCAACUUUUUAAAAUUAAUACCAAAAAAAAAAAAAAAUUUCAAUUAAAUAGUAAUUUUAGGGUGGGUAAAAAUUAUUAUUGAACCAUAGUGUAGACUUAAAAAAAAAAAACAAUUAUCGCUGCCAUAACGAUCUUUCCAAAAUCACGAUGAUUAAAGAUCGAUUAUAAUCGAAAAUCUUUGCAGUAACUUUGAAAUAAUUUUUCUCAAAGUUUACAUUUUUUCCCCUUUUAAAUCAUAAAACAUAUUUUCGCGCUGGCCGCGUUUCAAUAGCAUCACAUUUUAAUAAAUAAAAUAAUAUGAAAAAUCAUCUCGACAAUAGUCAUUAUUAUCCUGUAAUUGUGUUUUUUUUUUUUUUUUUUUUUUUUUUUUUUUUUUUUUUUUUUUUUGCCUUUGCUUUAGAUAAUAGAGUACUCGUCACGAUCGAUCGCCCAGCAUCCAAGGCGCCAUUAAUUCUUUUGUAUUAUAGAUUAACGGAGACAAGGGAGAAAAAUAAUUUAAUUACGGUUAAUAAAUAUCUUUUUUUCUUCUCCUUCUUCUUCUGUUACUGUGUGCAAGCUCCUUACAGAAUUGUUUUUUUCCGACGCGACACAAAAAAAAAAAUAAUAACCAUGAAUAAGAAGCGAGGGAUUACAAAAUAUUAUGAAAAGAGAGAAAGAAAUUUUAAGCUCGACAGUGGGGAGAAAUCUUUAUAGGUCUGAUCUUUCUCGCUGAUGUAAUCAACACUGACUUUUAUUAUCUCUUUUGUUUCACGGAAAAAAAAUCUUUACCUGAAACAGCGAUAUGUUUUACUAAAACAGGGAUAGUUUUCGCUAUUCUAGAGAAACAUAUCGCUGUUCCAGAUAAAGAUUUUUUUUUUUUUUUGAGACAUAAAAAUACUUUUCACUUAAAUAUAAUUUUUUGCGGUUUUUGUAAUCCUUUGACUCUGCAGUUUUUGUUGAAUGGGAAAAUACUGAAAAUGAAAGUGUAGAAAAAAAUAUAUAUAUGUAACACAGCGAGGGGUAAAAAAUUGUUUUAAUAACGGGUGCGCGCGAGAGAAGCGUGCAAUGUAUAAUUGAAUUUCGUGACUUCCAAAGGCGUGUUGAAGGGGUUGAAACGUCAAGUAAAUAUACAUAUAUAUAUAUAUAUAUAUAUAUGUAUAGGAAGAAGAGUAAAACGUUUGAGGAAAUCUUGUGUACGCGAAGUGAAGUAAAAGCUCGCGAAGAGUUUUCCGCUUGUACAUCGCGACGUGCGCUAUACACUAGCUCGUAAUAAAUUUAACGUAUUUCGAAACUAGUAAAUGUUACAGCUACUAAGGGUAUAUAUAUAUCGAGCACUCGUCGAGAGUUUCUUCGUGUUAAAAAAAAGCCAAAAGUUGGCAUUCAAAAAAUUCGUGGCACGCAACUAACCAACAAAAACAGUCCAUAAUUCAGUACGAAUUUAAUUCACCUACAAAAUUAAUUUUUAAUUCGCAAUAUUUUCGUCUAAAAUAAAAAAAAAAAAAAUGCUGUUAACUUUAAAUUACUAUUUCUAUUUUUUUUUUUUUUUUUGCUUAAAAAAAAUAAUUUGUAAAGAAUUUUAAAUUAAUUCCAUUAAACAGUUUAAUAUUAAUUUAGUUGUAUUAAAUUAAUUACAUAUUGAUUUAUUUGUAUUAAAUUUAAUUUAAGAAAGAAAUAAAAAAUUGACAGCAUUUUUUUUUCUUUUUUUUUUUUUGAAACGAAUAAUAUGAGUUUAUUAGUGAUAAUUUUCGAGUGCGUAAGCAAAAAAGUUUCUCUCGUUAAUAAAACAUGUCGUGAAAAAAAAGGGUAUUGAGAGAAGGAGGGACAACUAACUGCCCGUAUGCGUAUCAAAUUAAUAAUUUACUCGCGCAUCGCUGGUCAUGGGCUUCAUUUUGAACGUGAGCGCUACAUUCACUAAUUUUCCAUAUAUUCUUCUCACGUUUUUUUGUGUCAGUAAACACAAUCUAUCAAAUGACCUCAAUUUUUCAGGGACCUAGGCCUAAAUCAAAGAGCUGGUCAACAAAAUUAUCUCGAAAUAUUAAAUGUUUAGAGACGAAAUAUAAAAAAAAAAUACAAAACAUCAACAGCCAAAUCGAGCGAAAUUUUUUUUUUUUUUUUUUUAAAUAUGGAUGACGUUUUUUCACUCAACUGAUUAAAUCAUUUUUAAAUUAACUAUUAUUAUUGCUAUUAUUAUUUAUUAAAAUUAAUUAUGAAUGCAAUUUUCAAUAAAUUUAGUUUGGAAAAUUUUUUUUUUUAAUUAUUUUUUCAGUUUUCAAAUUAAAAUAAAUGUAAUGAAUAAUCUAUUUUCAAAAAGUCGAAAGUUACUUGAAUCCUAUUAUAAUGGAAUAUUUCAGAAAAAAAUAAUUCAAAGUCGAAUCAAUAAAUUUUUGUAAAAAAUUCUUAAGUCUCAUAAACAUUAUGUAUUUGUUAAAAAGACAAAAGCUUGUUUAUUUUUUAUUUUUGCAUUUUUUUUUUAUUUUAAAUAAUUGCUUAUAUUUAGAUAAAUAAGUUUGUUUCUGAUUAUUUGAAAAUCAAAAAAUUUUUUUUUGUCUACAAAUGUAAGGUAAAUUUUUGUAAGUUGGAUUUAAAAAAAAAAUGCUCGAGAGAGAAAAGAAGAAUAAAAAUUCAAAUGUAACUAUUUUUUUUAGCAAAAAAUCAUUUACGUACAUAGAGUAUGUACCCAUAUUUUUUAUUUUCUAGGAGAGAAAAAAUACAUAGAACGAAUUUAUAUAUAUAUGAACACAUAUAUAUAUAUAUAUAUAAAACGUGUGUAUGUAUAUAUAUAUAUAUAUAUAUAUAUAUAUAUAUAUAUGUACAAUGUACAUAUAUAUUUUUUUCAAGUAUUUUACGCUGGCGUAGACGUGUGUGUCAUGAAUGAUGAAAAAAAUAACGAAAAAAAAAAUAUAUGAAUAAAUAAAAAUAAAAAAAAAAUAAUUCUAAAUGUGCAUACAUAUAUAUAUAUAUAUAUGUUGUACCGCGGUGUGCAAUACUUAGGCGCAUAAAAAUUCACGAUUGCAGGAUGAUGCGUGCACUCGUGCUAUGAAAAUGCGAUAAAUUGCGAUUGCAGGUAUGCAUGUCAAACAGAGAACAAGGGAGAAUCCACAAUGAAAUGAGUGAAUCGUAUAUGACAAGUGUAUGGUUCACAUUUAAAGGGCACAGGUCAGAAAUUGUUGGAAAAAAAAAUACUCGAAAUGAAAAUAAUUAUUAAAUCACUAAAAAAGAAAAACGAAAUUUACACUUUCUUAAUUUUACAUAAAAUAUAAUGAUAUUUAAAAAUUUUUUUUUAUUUAAUUUCUAAUUUUUUCUUUACUUGAAAUUUUCCCUGUCAAUUUUUUUUAAAAAUCUCUUCUAACAAUUAUAAUAAUUAAUAAUUAAUAAUUAAUAAUUAAUAAUUAAUAAUAAAAUAAUAAAUAAUAUUAUUUUGAAAGUGAAAAUUUCGAUUUUUGUUAUCAUUUUCUAAUUGUAAUUAGCUUAAAUCGCCAUCAGUAUUUUGUCUAAUGAAAAUUUUACAUUCAAUCUGUGUUCUUUUCUUUGAGUACUGAUUUCAAUGUUAAUUUUUUAAUAGGUAAAUAUAUAUAUAUAUAUAUAUAUAAUAGAAAAAAUUUUUUUCAAAGAAUGUAUGAUUAUUUGAAAAAUAUUUGAAUACAAAAAGAAUUGAAAUAUAAAUAAAAAUAAAAAAAAAAAAAGAUUGAAUGAAUAAAUGUAAAAAAAAAUGGUAUAAUUAAAAAAAUAUAUUUUUUACAAAAUAGAAUGUUUGCAAUGUUACUUUAACAACUAACUUUUGUUAUCUUUUUCAAUAUUAAUUUUUUUUUGUAUGGUGAAUUCUCCAGAAGUUGCAUAUAUAUAAAUAUUGAUAAAAGAAUGCAUUGUUAUUAAAAUGUUAUAAUCGCCGAGAUAUUUUAUCGUUGUUAUCACCAGUGUUUCCACUGUUUUUUUAGUGCGUUUAAAAAAAAAAAAUGUAUAUAAAAGUAGAUUUUGUAGUAUAAUUUUAAGGUAGAAUUAUAGUCAAUUUAUUGUUUUACACUCUCGGCAGCAAAAAUAGUGCGCCCCGUGUAUAUUGUAUCGAUUAAUUUUUUUUUUUAUAUCUGAUAGAAAGAAAGUAAUAAUUAAAAAUAUAAAUAUAAUUUGAAAGUUAGAAUAAUUUAGUUGACAUGUCAGUUUUUUUUUUUUUUUAUCAAAUUAAUUGACACAAUUUACACGUAGCUCUAUUAUAAAUGAAGAGAAGGAAAAGAAAAUGUAGUUUAUAUCAUUGUUACCUAUAACUCUGUUACCAUUUUCGCCAUAAAAAAUUGUUUACAAGCGAUUUUGUUACUUUCAGAGAAAUAACAAUGUCUAAAAAUAGCGUUACCAA